GUGUGGUGUUGGUAUUGGUAACGGUGAUGGUGGAACUGGUGGUGGUACUGGUAGCAGUGGUAACAGUGGUAGUGGUGGUGGUGGUGGUGGUGGUUAUAGAUAGUAGUAUUAUUGAGUAGUGGUAGCAAUGAUUUAAUCGAGAUAAACGCGAAACGUUUUGCUAGUAUCCGCGGUUCGAUGAUAUGGUGAAACGAUGUGUUAAUAACAGUGAUAGUGAUAACGGUGAUAAUGGUGUAGUAAGAAACUGUGAUAGUGAUAAUGGUGGUAGUAGGUGUGUAACAGAAACGGCAACAGAAACAGCAAUUGGAAGAAUUAUAGCUAUAGCAACAGUAGCAAUAAAGCGGCUCCGACGGUAGUGGUGGCAGCACCUGCAGUAACACCAACGUUAACAGUAGUGGUAGCUGUUAAGAUUAGCGCGGGGGGACUGAGUGCGAUUCCGUCGUCCGUGAUUUUCGCUAGACACGAGAAACAGUUUUCUCGUGGCACACGUUCGCUUCGGGUUAGUUCUGUUAGGAGAAAGGAAGGGGUAUUGUUAUGCGGCGUGUCACGAUUUAAUGAAUUAAAGAAAGAAAGACUAACAGAGAGAUAGAAAGAGAGAGAGAGGGAGAGAGAGGGCGAUAAGAAGAUUUAAAGAAUUAAAAAGGAAGAGAGAAAGAAAUAAAAAUGUUGAAGGAAUAUUCGCCGAUAGUACAGGCCCUUUUAGGGACACUAUUUACGUGGGCCCUUACGGCAGCGGGUGCCGGCCUCGUUGUCAUCAUACGCGGGAAACAGCGAAAAUUGUUGGACAUCAGUCUUGGAUUUGCCGGUGGCGUGAUGGUAGCAGCAAGCUAUUGGUCCCUGUUGGCGCCAGCUAUUGAAAUGGCAACGGAGAGCAAAAUUUAUGGAACCGAAGGCGAAUACGCAUUUGUACCGGUUGGAGUUGGGUUUCUCAUAGGCGCGGCAUUCGUAUACGGAACGGACGUGUUGAUAUCUUCCCUUGGCAUUCAGUCCCCCAAUGUGCUUUUAGCUAUGCAAUCAGUCGGUACGAAACAAAGAGGCAAGGUCCUUGCAAAACUAAAGAGUGACGAGGACUUAGACGAUAUCGAUACGUUUAACGACGUACAGAUUUCCGGUGGAAUGAUGUACACUCAUGUCGAUUCGACUACUAUCGAUGGAUUUUACGAACAAAAUGCAAGAAGAAGACAAGUUGCCAAUGUACAUAGGCCAUCGGAAUCGGUCGAGAUGAGUACGGUUUACGAAGAUCCUAGUAACGAAGUUAAGAAUAAUCAAUGGAGGAGAAUAUUGUUAUUGGUUGUGGCUAUUACGGUGCACAAUAUACCCGAAGGCCUUGCCGUUGGUGUUGGUUUCGGAGCGAUAGGAAGCAGUGCAUCAGCUACUUUUGAAAAUGCAAGGAACCUAGCAAUCGGGAUUGGGAUUCAAAAUUUUCCAGAGGGCUUGGCAGUUUCGUUGCCUCUUCAGGCGGCAGGUAUCAGCACCCUGAAGAGUUUCUGGUACGGGCAGCUUUCUGGUAUGGUAGAACCGAUCGCCGGUGUCCUUGGCGCUGCGGGGGUGACAUUAGCGGCACCUGCUUUACCCUAUGCACUGGCCUUCGCCGCAGGAGCCAUGAUCUAUGUUGUCAUUGACGACAUCAUUCCGGAAGCCCACGAAAGCGGAAACGGUAAACUCGCCAGCUGGGCCGCCAUCGUGGGCUUCUUGGUGAUGAUGUCUUUGGACGUGGGAUUAGGCUAAGAGAUCGCAAUACAACGAUUAUCGUUCUCGGAAACAUGGAAUCCACAUAACGAUAUAUAUAUAUAUAUAUAUAUAUAUAUAUAUAUAUAUAUAUAUUCGCCUAAUUCGAGUCAUUCGUAUUGACGACUUCUAAUUUUUAUUUUGAUGGGUCGAUCAAUUAUUUCCUCUACAAUGAAUACUUCCACGUAUCGAUUUUAACGUUCGAUCGAUGGAUCGAUAGAUAGAUAGAUAAAUCGAUAGAUAGAUAGAUAGAUAGAUAGAUAGAUAGGUAGAAUUUUGUACGAAAGAUUUUAUAAAGAUUCGUACGAUCGACAUUUUUUUUUCCUUUUUCUGUUUUUUUAUUUUUUUUUUUCUUUUUUUUUCUUUUUCUUUUUCUUUUUCUUUUUAAUUUUCUUACAUAUCUUAACUUUUACAAUAUCUUCUUUUAGAUACAUACAAACGCACGCACACGCAUAUAUAUAUAUAUAUAUAUAUAUAUAUAUAUUCGUUUUUAAUUUAUUUAUACCUGCUAUAUGUAUUAUAUGAUCGAGAAUAGAUCAUCGAUCAAAUGUUAAAAUCCAACGUUGAUCUACUCAGGGUACGCGGAUCUUCGUUGUCGAUCGGCGUCGCGAUUUCUUUUCUUCUUUUUUCUUUUUUUUUUUUGUUUUUUUUCUUUUUCCUUCUUUUUUGCUAGGAAAAUAUAGAUCGAUAGAUUAAAAAAAAAAAAAAAAAAAGAAAAAAAAAAAAGAAAAAAAUAAUUCAAAUUGAUGCGCGCAAUGUCGAGAAACGAGUACAUCGGAAUCAGACAGAAAAUGAGAGAAAAAGAAAGAUAUAAGAGAUGGAUUAUCGAUCAUUGAUCUUUCUUUUCACUUUUGUCUUAUUUGAUAUUUUUGUUUUUCUGGAUAAAUUAUUUUUUUCUUUUUUCUUCAUUUUUUUCUCUUAUUCUUUUUUUUUUUUUUUUUUUUUUGUUUGCUCCUCCAUCCCCCUAAAAUUUUCUAAGAAGCGUCGAUUUAAUCGAACGAACGAUAUUUGCAAGAUCGAUCUACUUGGCCUUCGUCCAAUCUCUUUUCUAGGAUAUUUGUAAUCGUCGUUAAAGCAACUAACCGCGAGAUAUUAUCGUAAAUCGACGAUAAGAUGUUUUCUUGAUACCCCGCCUGCCGAGAUUCUUUUAAUGUCGUCGUUCGUGCAAAAUUUAUUUUUAACGAGCCGUAUCGAAUUUACGCGAAUUAUUUUAUGAUACUUUCUUCUUUUCUCUCUCUCUCUCUCUCUCUCUCUCUCUCUCUCUCUCUCUCUCUCUCUCUCUCUCUUUCUUUUUUCUCUUUCUUUCAUUUCUGUCUUUUUUGUUUCUUUUUUUUUUUUUUUUUUUUUUUUUUUUUGUUUUUUUUCCAUCAUCCUCCUCCGCAACAAUCAUUUUAACGUGAAUAUUGAGAAUUAUUGACGUGAGAUGCUUCAUCUAAUUUUAUUCAUCUGCAAGAAAGAGAAAAAAAAGGGACGAGGGGGAGGGGGAGGGGAAAGAAAAAAAAAAAAGAAAUAACGAAAUAACAAAGCCAAUAAAGUUUUAUGAUCGUGCCAAUUCAAUUUCUAUGAUAAACAAAAGGAAUAUUUAUUUCGUACGAGAUAAUCGGUGGAAAGUAGUUCAAAAGAAAAAGAGAAAAAAAAGAAAAAAAAGAAAAAAAA